CAGAUGCGUGUGCGCGCGAGUUUUCUUCACUGCGCAUGCUCGUUUUCGCCAUUGCUCUCGCGUGAGGAAUGGGCAUUUCUAGAGAUAGUUGGCACAAGCGGAGGAAGACUGGAGGUCACAGACCUCAAGUGCGCAAGAAGAGAAAGUUUGAGCUUGGCAGACCGGCUGCUAAUACGAAGGUGGGAGCGAAGAGAAUUCAUACUGUGAGAACGCGAGGCGGGAAUACAAAACUGAGAGCUUUGCGGUUGGAUGUUGGGAACUACAGUUGGGGAUCAGAAGCAAUCACUCGUAAGAGUCGAAUCCUUGAUGUCGUGUACAAUGCGAGCAACAACGAGUUGGUGCGAACGAAGACUCUGGUCAAGAACUGCAUCGUGCAAGUCGACUCGACUCCAUUCAGACAAUGGUUCGAGGCCCACUACAGUGUUCCACUGGGCAGAAAGAAAGCCGCAUUAAAAGAAUUGGAAAACGAUCCCGAAUCAGAGAUCAAUAAGAAGAGAUCGCGGCAUGCGAUGGCAAAGAUCAAACGUCGUGCGUCUGGAGCAAAAAUCGAUCCUCAUCUAGAAGAGCAGUUCUUGACCGGACGCCUUUAUGCUUGUGUUUCAUCGAGACCGGGACAGUGUGGGAGAUGUGAUGGUUACAUCAUUGAGGGGAAGGAACUCGAGUUCUACGCCAAGAAAAUUCGUGCGAAGAAGACAAAAUAAUGGACACAUGUUGCUAUUGUUGUUCAAUAAAGCCAUACAUCUCUCUCUAAA